GUGUACCAAUCCAUCAUUCAUCCACCGCCCUCCUCUUAUCAGUAUUCCCCCAGUCACCUCGAAGUUAAGCUUCCUUUCUUUAUCCAUUCCGAGACAUGGACUUCCACGGCCUAUCGAGGAGAGAUCUGCAGACGCUCUGCAAGAAGAAUCGGAUUCCAGCCAACAUGACGAAUGUCGCCAUGGCCGAUGCCCUCCAAGCUCUCCAAACCGUUGAAGGUAUUGAAGAAAUCAAAGAAGCAUCGCAGUUCCGGUCCCCUGUGAAAGUAGAGGUGAGGUCUCCAAACCUACCUCGUACAUCCCGGAGAACCUCGGCUCGAAGGGUACCCAUUCCAGAUGAACCCGAGGAGCAACAUGGGAGUCCCCUGCCUCGUGCUCGUCGUGUGGCCAUUAAAGCUUCUGAGAUCAUGAAACUAGUUUCUGAAGACGAGGAAGAAAAGAAACAAGGGCCAGAGGAUGCUCCCAAGAGCCCAGACGUUUGCACUGGUCAGAAGCCGCAGGCAGCACCAAGCACACGAAGAAGAGCCGGCAAGAAGGAUGAAAAGGCGCCUCAAGAAGAAGAGCAAAAGCAAGAAGAUGAGCCGAAAGAGAUUCCCAAGACUCCAGCGGCUGCCCGGAACACAAGGAGAAAGGCAAGCAAGGAAACAGAAGGACACGAAGAUCCUCUUGAAGUAUCCAUUACCCCAGCCACCCGAUAUAGCCGAAGAGCAUCGGCUCGAAGGGGAGCCCAAGCCCCCAUGGCAGGGGAAGAGAAGCAAGAGGAAACCGUGGGCUUGAGGACUACUCGCAGAACAAGGCAAUCUACAAGGAAACAGAUGGAAGAGACUGCCGUGGAUGUUGCAGCAAAUGUUGGGAGGAGGACCACAAGGGCGAAAGCUGCUGUCAAGAUUGCAGCUUUGGCCCAAGAAGGAGAAGAACAAGACAGAAAAGAUAUCACCAUUGAGGAUUCCGUGGAUCCAAAGAAUGAUCCUUUGCACAUUUCUGACGUGAAAUAUGAUGAGAUUCUAAUGGAGGAGGGGAUGAAGCCUGAGGUCCAGAACGGAGCCAUUUCUGAUUCUAGAGAUUCAGGGAUAAAGAAGGACGGGAACGAUGGAGUCCAAGACUUAAGCACGGAUAGAGCUGACAAUGAAACGACUCAAGAAACCAAGAAUUCUGCUCCAAUGGGGAACAAUUUGGGUAAUGAAGCCGAAGGAGAACAGAUAUCAGAGGAGGUACCGGAGGAAGAGGGUGGCAAACAAGAAGAUCAUAUCUUAUCUGAACCAGAAGAAUCACCGAUCAGGGGGCUGGUAUCCUCGGAGCCUACCCCAGAGACAAAUCAAGACCAGAAGGUUCCAUCGAAUGGAACACCAGAGGAAAAUCCGAUGGUGACAGAUGAAGGGUCUAAAGAAGAUCACGAAGGCGGUGAACAUCUGGAUUCCGCUCUACCAGAUCCUUCCCUCUCCGACGAAAUCCCGGCGAACGUCGAAGACUCCGCCCGCCAACUGCUGGAAACCCAAGCUGCCGGAGACUCACCAGUCAUUGAAAAGAAUCCGGCAGUCGAACUCCACGGCGAGGUCGAAGCGACGAGCGAUCAGAUCCCGGACGAUCUUACCCAGAACAAAGAAGAAGAAGAAGAAGAAGAAGCGAGCCUAGCUGUCUUACCAACCGGCAACAGUUUGGAGGAAACCAAGGUUUCCGGCGACGAAUUGCCGAUUGAUCAGGCACCGGAGAUUGAAGCCUCUACAGAUCUACAAGCUAAUAUAGAGAAUGGAGAUGCUCCAGCUGAAUUCCCCUGUGAGAUUCCAGCCGCCGAAACCGAUGUUUCCGGUGACGGCAUUGAGAUCCCGGAGGACGCUGGGGAAUCCGACGAUGGCAUUCUGAUCGGCAACCAGAUGGCACUGGAGCCGGAGGGCGUCCUCGAGGCAGCCGCUUCCCCAACUCUCCAGCAAUCUCCCUCCUCGGAUGCCACCGGAUCUCCAGCCAAGACCUUGGCCAUGGGUGGAGAUCAGGUAGAAGACCCUGCGGACUCCGCCGCUGGAUCUCCAGCGAAGCCAUCGGCUCAGGUCGGUGAUCUGAUCGAAGGCCCAGAGGGCUCCGGCAGAGAAUCUCCAGAUAUCGAGACCUCGGCUCAGGUCGGAGGUCUCAUCGGAGAAUCUCCGGCCAGGACAGUGCCUGAGCUUGAAGAUCUGACCGGAGACCUUACAGACUCCGACCUCCAUGUCGGAGCACCGGGGGGUCCAGAUCACUGCGUCCGCGAGACCGACAGCAAUGAGACCAUUCCGGAGAUCGAGGGAGGUGAGAAGAAGAGAGUGGCGGAAAAGUGGAUGCCGGCUGAUACUUAUACGACGGAGAGUGGAGGCGGUGACGAUAACAAGGAGAAUAGAUUGGACAAGAAUGCAGUGAAUGGGUUGACUAUGGUGGAAGUCGGCGAACGAGUUGCAGAGGUGAAAUGCAAAGUGGAGAAGCCAAGCUUGCCCGAUUACAAUAGUUUGAGUCUGAGAAAGCUCAAGGCAUUGGUAAGGGAGAAGGCCACCAAUCUCAACAAUAAGAAGGUGGAAGGCAAAAGGGCAGCUCUUACAGAGCUAAAUGACAACCGUAUGUGAUGGAUGAUGUGCUGAUAAUGCUGUUGGUUUUGCAAUUGCUAGAAACGAAAAGAUACAUGAGCUCAAGAUGAAUAAAGAUUGUCUUGUUUGCUUCUAUUUCAAUAUUUUGCUUUCUGCUAUUGCAACUUUGGAUGUUGGUAUGAAGUCUACAAGUUGGGUUUUCGCUGUGAAACCAAGGUUUCUACAGCCUUGUAUUUCCCAUUUUUUUUAAAAUUUUUCCCCUUUGCUUAACUGUUGCUAGAGUCAGAUUAAAAUUGAUGGUGAAUGGGUCUUGUUUAUGGCUCUUGCUCUCCUCUAAUAUGUAUUGUCCUGGUAAAAUUCUGUUACCUUCUUAUUGUCUUCAUUUCAUUAUCGAAUGCAUUUGUAAAGGUGGACUUGAUCCUCCUAUUUUCAGGGGAAAAAAAGGAUAAUGGAUCCCUUUUUUUCA